GUCUUAAAAAAUUCAAUAUGAAAUAUUUCGCUCUUCUGCUGCUGCUCUGCUGCCUGAUGGCAAGUGCUUUGGCCACACUCAAGUCGCCUGUCUGUGGAGAGGAGUCUGGAAAGAUUGGCGAGUGUAGGGCAUCGCUCACGAAGUGGACCUAUCGCGAGGAUAAAAACGAAUGCAUUGAAUUCUUGUACAGUGGCUGCCAUGGCAAUAACAAUCUUUUUGAUACCAAGAAAAUAUGUGAACAGACCUGUAAGGUUUAAAGCUUUCCCCCUCUAUAUAAAAGUAGCUUUAAUAUGAA